GGAAACAGACGGGAAAGAGCAAGUCUUUUGUAAUUACUCUGCCUUGGGCUCUGCCUCUGGUGCUCCUAAUUGGCAAGGCAGAAAUGUAGUUUUCAGAGUUCCAGUUCUAGCAUCAAAAGUAUACAAAAGGGUAGUUUUGGAGCUGAGACAGUAAUUUAACUGACACUUGACCGAUAUGGAAGUUGAUAUCAAGAGUAGAAUUUAUCUCCCACCCUCUUGUUUGCAGUUAAAUGAAGGCAGUUAAAGACUUGCUAUUUUAACUUGCUUAAGUUUAAGCAUUUGCUACUUUCUGUACCGCAGAUCCAUUCAGCAUAAUGUCACCAACGUAAUGGACCAAUGUGAUGUUGACUGGAAUGUCAAAAUGCUCAACAGCUCUGUGGAUUGUAUUAUGGCAGAGUUCGAGAAUUGAUAAAGCUCUGAGACGAGAAUAUGAAGGAAAAUGGAAAAGAAGAAAAAGAAGAGAAACAGGAAGCAAGCGAAGUGAAAGAGCCUAUUGAGAGUUCACAGAAUGUAGUACAAGAUACGAUAACAGAAACCAGCGACAAUGUGACAGGAGAAGCAACAGGUAUCAAAUCUCAAGAAUUAAACCUGGAGUGGCAGCCAAAACCUUCAGCACUUUCAAAAAAGGACUCAGAGACUGCAGUCGCAGAGACAGUUGUUAUUAGAAAAUCUGCAAAAGUGACUGUCAGUAUGGAUAAAACUGCACAGAAAGCAAAGCUAGAACAACCAUGGAAGAAAAAUCUUUUUGAAAGAGUGGAGGCAAGAGCCCAGGAAAUGCAGCAGAAAAUAAUAGAUAAAGAUAAUCUGAAGAAGGAGCUAGAAAAAAAGGCUGCAAAAAAACUCCGUAAGGAUAAUUUGGCCAAAGAGUGGUUUAAUACUGAAAACACGACACUGAGCACUCGAGCAUAUUUGCUUGACAAGCUUCUUCCCACGUUAGUUCCUGGAGUGGAAAAAAUGUUAAUGCAAGUAGAAAAGAAGAAGCUUUCUGAAGAAGCUGAUACUCCAACCAAGUUUGAUCCAGUUAAUUUUCUGGGGGAAUACUUAAUGAGAAACAAUCCUAAUUAUGCCAAGUGUGAAAUGUCUGGUUACCAGAGGGUGAUGAGAGAAGUCACAGAAGAUCUGAAGGUCCAUGUUCCCGAUACAAUCUGCAACAGAGUAUCCAAGAUAAAGGAGAUUGUUAAACAGAAACGAGAGCAAAGAGAAAGAAUAAACAAAGUAAAAAUCAAGGUGGCUGACACGCGGCAACAGGCUCUGGAGGAGCAGUUCGAGGAAUGGAUUCUAGACCCCAGAGGAAUGAUUCCUAUGGCAGUGAUUCAGAAUGUUCUUCAUGAUUUUUUUCAAAAUUCAGAUUUCCAGCUUGAAUCAUGUUGCAAACAAUUGGAGAUUACUGACUCAAUGGACCCAAGAUUGGACAAAAAGACAUUUACUCAAUACAUCUCUUCACACAUUGAAGACUUUAAAAGUGAAAUGUUUGAGCAACUCCUUAAGCACCUUUGCCACUGUGCGGAAGAGUUUCGGGAGGUCAUAAAAGCUGACAUGCGGAGGCACAUGUUUGCUGAACUCUUCUUGUAUUGUGACCGUGGGAAGGUAAGUUAAGGCCCUUAAAGCAGUGCUCUCAUACUAUUUGUGGUGAAGGAUUGGUUUUAGGUUUGCUAUUGGUGGUGGUGAUGGAGUUAAUUUCCAGUCCAUUGUGGACUGAUACUCCAUUAAAAUU